AUGUCAUCUAUACUAAUCAAACUUUCACAUCUAUUUUUAAUAAUAAUUAUUGGUAUAGGUGCUUUGCCAGUCAUUCAAAAUAAAGCCGAUGUUCAAAGUAUUCCAAAGACUUCUAAAAAAAAUUCAACCACUUCCGAAUCUCGGAUCGAUCAGCCAGCGGCAGUUGCAGAACCUGUACCGCUAUUAAUACCGAAAAUUCAACGUCCAAAAAAUUUCAAUCUAUCGAAAAUAGCAAAAGAUCUCAAAAGUUUCGGCAUCCAUAGUCUCAAAGAUGAUCACCAUCUCGAAGGUUUACCCCUCGAUCGACAUGGCAAAGUCAAUCCUGAGUUUCACCGAGAACUAUUCUUAGGCAACCAUGAACUAUUCGAGUCGAAUAUUCAACACGAUGAAUUGAAACGAAAUAAGAAGCUGGAAGAAAUCUUUCGACUAGCUGAUAUUGAUCAUGAUGAGCGUGUGACGCGAGAAGAGUUGGUGAGUUAUCUGUUCAAGAAUGUUCAAGAUCAUCUGAGAGAAGCGAAAGACAAGAACGCUCAAUUGUUCAUACUGAUCGAUACAAAUAACGACGGAAAAGUGACAUGGCCUGAAUAUGCAGCAUUGUAUAUCAGAUUUCACCAUAUGAAUGCAUCAGAUAUAAAAGAUUUGAAUGAUAUUGAUUUUGUUCAAGAAUCAUUCGAUAGUAACUUACGUCGUGAACUUCUUAAAAUUCGAUAUCGAUGGACAGAAGCUGAUCAUGAUGUUGACAAUGAACUUAAUCUUGACGAAUUUCUCGCAUUUCGCCAUCCAGAAAUAGCGGGUCGUUCGUAUAAACAUAUUGUGGAUGAUAUUAUGUCGCAGAUGGAUCGUAAUGAAGAUCAGAAAUUGACCAUCGAUGAAUUUGCCUUUUUGCCUCCAUCGGGCUUAGAAGAUCCUAAUAAUAAGGAAUGGGCUGAAAUGGAUAAGCGUUGGUUAGAAGAGCAGAAGCGCGAGUUUCAUGAAUUUGAUGAAGACAAUGAUGGGGUGUUAACGAGAGACGAAUUACUGAAAGCGUACGAUCCAUUGAACCGGGGCCAUAUUGAUCGUCAAAUAAAGAAACUAUUUUCAAAAGUCGAUGAUUCGCCAGCCGAUAAUGCAUUAUCAUUAGAUGAAGUUCAAAACCAUGCUGAUACAUUUGCUGAUAUGAGACUUUUAGACGCAGAAAAAGUGUUACACGAAGAAAUGUAA